ACUCGAGUCUCGACGCAACGGCAAACAAAAUACGGGGUUUUUAGCUAAUUGAAAUAAAUACUUUUAAAAUGCGACGGCUUCAGAAUGUCCAAGUACAGUGAAUGUAACUAAACAACUUACUUAUGAUCGUAAAACAUUAAGCAUGUGAAUCGACGCAACGGCGUUCAAUGCGUAAACUUAAAGUGAAGCAAAUACAUUUUAGUAGAAAUCAAACAAAUACCAAACAAACACAAAGUGCAAAAGAAACUUCGUUUUAAUUAAGCAUUGUGUGCUUAAUGUGCCUUAUUGUUUUGCAAGAGGCGUCGCAAAUAUUAAACACGUUAAACGAAAAUGAAGCAGAUGCAAUUUAACCAAAUACACGAGAGUUGACAAAAGUUCAUUAAUAACGAGAUCGACAUGAACAAAAAUAAAUUUGUGCAACGUUUAUAAAACCAAUAAGUGUGAAAAUAACCCAAAACAAGAGAUUAAUAAAAAAUAUUUUAAAAAUAUUUCAUAAUUCAAAAUCUAAAAGCAAAACAAAACAAAACCAAACAAAUACUUAUCAAAGGCAACUCAUCCAUCCGAGCUGUCGCAGAAUGUCCAUCAACAUUGUGCGGCAGCCAUCAAAACGACACGUACAUCAUCUCCCAAAGCUACUGCUGUUGGUGCUGCUCAUUUUGGUGCCAAGCCAACGAGCUGGCCCAACGCCUGCUUUUUCCUGGUUCUACGAUGUCGGUAGUGAUGGAGGCCUUGCCAGCAUCAGUGAUAUAUCUGGAGUGCAUAGCUUCAAAGUGCCAAACACACGGAAUGCUCAGAAAUCAGCCCAAACCCAGCUGGUUCAAAACUUUCCCAGCCCGAUCAACCAUAAUAGCCUUCGACAUGGCUCUCAUCAAGUGCGUCGUCAAUUGGUGUUCGUGGCGUUGCUGCCAUCGGUGGAGUCGGAUAAUAAGAAUGACUGCAUCAUGCCCAAAGUGUUGCCAGUGCUGGAGCUUGGAAUUGCGCAUGUGCAACGCCUUGGCUUCGUUGGAGGCGUUCAAAUCGAUAUUUCACUAAUUUCCCGUGACACAUUUUGCUCCUCUACGUAUGGACCCCUUGGGUUCUUUGAGAUCUUUACCCAGUGGCCAGAAAUGAAUGCUAUCUUUGGCCUACCUUGCGAGUAUGUUUUGGCGCCGAUAUCCCGGUAUGCUGAUGUCUGGCAGAUUCCUUUGCUUACAACUGGCGGUAACGCUGGCGAGUUCAGCAAAAAAGCUGACAGCUAUUCAACCCUGACACGCCUCAAAGGCGCCCAGGUCAACAAUCUUGGAAAUAUGGUUCGCGCCAUUCUCAACACUUAUAAUUGGACUCGCACCGCAUUAAUCUAUCAGAACGAAAACGCCAAGAUCAAGGGCAAUUCGGUCUGCUUCCUGUGUCUGGCAGCGAUACACGACACCAUUGAGAAGGAAUCGGUUUAUCAACUCGGCUUCGAUACCGCACAUUGGACCAAGACGUAUAUAACUCGGCUGCUACGUAAUGUUGCCAUGCGAACAAGAAUUGUCAUUAUGUGCGCCGAUCCACAGUCUAUACGUCAAAUUAUGCUGACAGCCGAGGAGUUGAAUAUGAUCGAUAGCGGUGAAUAUGUUUUCAUCAAUAUUGAAUUAUUUUCGCGUGUGCCAUAUAUGACCUCGCUGCCCUGGUAUGAUAAGAAUGAUACCGAUUUUAACAAUGAACGCGCCAAGAAAGCGUACACAGCAAUGUUAACGGUCACGCCGAAGCAGCCAAAUGACGAUGCUUACACAAAGGUGUCCAAUGAGAUAAAAGACAUCGCAUCUGCCAAAUACAAUUACACAUUUAGCGAGAAUGAGCCAAUCUCAGCAUUCGUGACUUCCUUUUUCGAUGGCGUCCUCCUGUAUGCCAACGCCCUCAAUGAGAGCAUCCGCGAAGACCCGAACAUGCUAACCAGACCCAUUAAUGGUACGGAUAUUGUGCGUCGCAUGUGGAAUCGUAGUUUCACUGGAAUCACUGGUAACGUGACAAUUGACUCGAAUGGAGACCGGAUUUCGGCAUAUUCCUUGCUGGAUAUGAAUCCCGACACAGGUCGCUUUGAGAUUGUCGCGCACUUUCUGCACAAUCGUUUAGAGUUCGAAUCGGAAAAGGAAAUCCAUUGGGCUGGAGGUCGGGAGCAAGCGCCACCCGAUCGUCCCAUAUGUGGUUAUGAUGGCUCACUCUGUCCAGACAAUUCGUUGCCUGGUUAUGCGAUCCUCUCGAUUAUUCUUGCCACAUUAAUAAUCAUAAUGGCGGUGUGCUUCUUCUUUGGAUAUCGCCAUUACAUAGCUGAAGCGGAGAUCAAUUCGAUGAGCUGGAAGGUCUCAUUAGAGGAUGUCAUGUUUCGUGAUUCAGCAGAUCAUGGCAUGCGCGGCUCUUUCCAUUCGCUAGUCAAGCAAAGUUCGCAGCUUACUCUUAUGUCCGAGGACAUGGUAUCGAUCAAUGGAGAUCGCCAAAUCUUCAUUCCCGUUGGCAUGUACAGGAAGAGCAAGGUGGCUAUUAAGUCCAUCGAAGUGCAAAAUGUGCAGACUGUGUUAUCGCGCAGCCUAAUGCUGGAGCUAAAGCGCAUGAAGGAUUUGCAACACGAUCACUUGGUAAAGUUCUAUGGUGCCUGUCUGGAUCAGCGUCGGAGUUUUCUUCUUACCGAAUACUGUCCUAAAGGCUCGCUACAGGAUAUACUGGAAAACGAGCAAUUCCAACUGGACUGGAUGUUCAAACUGUCUUUGAUGCACGACAUUGUCCGUGGCAUGCAGUUUCUUCACAGCUCUGACAUUCGCUCCCAUGGUAAUCUUAAGUCCUCCAAUUGCGUGGUCGACUCAAGAUUUGUCUUGAAGAUUACCGACUUCGGAUUGCAUAGCUUGCGACGGACUCAUAACGAUGUUGAAAGUGACAUCGAAAACUGUAAUAGUCAUGCCUAUUGGAGGAAACUCCUGUGGACAGCUCCAGAAUUAUUAAGGAUGGAGACUCACCGUGCUCCAGAGGGAACUCAAAAAGGCGAUGUAUACUCAUUUGGCAUUAUUGUUCACGAGAUAACCACAAGACAAGGUCCAUUUUAUUUGGGCAAUUGUGUACACAAGACGCCUCAAGAGAUCGUUGAGUUGGUUAAAACCUAUCAAGGGCAGGCAAUGCAGGGUAAACCCUUUCGUCCAGAGUUACAGCAGUGCGGCGAUACCAAAGCGGACGUGAUUGGUAUUAUAAAACGCUGUUGGGCUGAAGAUCCAGUGGAGCGACCAGACUUCAAUACUCUCAAAUCCAUGAUUCGCAAGUUCAAUAAGGAUAAUGAGACCGGAAAUAUUGUUGACAAUCUACUUAAGCGCAUGGAAAUGUAUGCCAAUAAUCUGGAGGAACUAGUCGAGGAGCGUACCCAAGACUAUCUCGAAGAGAAGAAGAAAUGCGAGAAGCUGCUAUAUCAAUUACUACCCCAGAGUGUCGCCGCCCAGUUGAUCAGCGGUCAACCUGUUGUAGCCGAGACCUUUGACCAAGUCACCAUAUACUUCAGUGACAUUGUUGGCUUCACAGCGAUCUCAGCUGAGAGCACGCCCAUGCAAGUUGUUCAGUUUCUUAACGAUCUAUAUACCUGCUUCGACUCCAUUGUCGAGAACUUCGAUGUGUACAAGGUGGAAACAAUAGGUGAUGCCUACAUGGUGGUCUCGGGCUUGCCAAUACGCAAUGAGAAUUAUCAUGCCCGAGAAAUCGCUCGCCUUGCAUUGGCUCUGCUCGAAGCAGUUCACAACUUCAGGAUACAUCACAGACCUAGUGAUCGCUUAAAGCUCCGGAUUGGCCUACACACUGGCCCCUGUGUGGCAGGAGUGGUUGGCCAAAAAAUGCCUCGAUAUUGUCUCUUUGGGGACACUGUAAACACUGCAUCACGCAUGGAGUCCAACGGCGAAGCGCUGAAGAUUCAUAUUAGCGAAACAACCAAGUUGGCAUUGGAUGAGUUCGGUAGCUUUGUGACCACACGUCGCGGCCUAGUACCCAUGAAGGGUAAGGGUGAAAUGCUAACCUACUGGCUCGAGGGCGAGAUGCCCAACCCGAUGCCCGAUUCCCUGAUAUCGCCCAAAAAACUAAUGCUAACGAGGCGUUCAUCACUGAAACAACCACAACGUCAGCCACACGCCUUCUACAAACAAUACUCAGAGCUGGGCGUAGUGACCUCUUUGGCACCAGCAGUUCCGGCUUUAGCGCUCCCAUCCGUAGACAAGGAAACCUCGCCCAAUCUGCGGGUGAAGCGAAAGAUUAGCUCCAGUUCUCCGAAGCUAAAUGGCAACUGCUUCGACCACAAUGCGCAACAGAAGACUGAGGAAAAUAAUUAUUAUUUAGAUGCUGGGCAACAUCAACACCCAUGUGACAUCUACAGCAGUCGCUCGUUACGCAGCGUGGAAGCAGAAGGACAUGGAAACAGCAAUGAAAGUACAAGGGAAAACGGAAAUGGUGUGCCUACAACUACUAGCGAUAGUUGGGAACUAGCACACUUUCGCCUGCCACUGAGUGGAACGCUGAAAAGCCACACUCAUAGUCAUAUGCUCCAUGGCCACCAUGCGCAAUCCACCUCUAGUUCGAAUCUGAGUGGCAUUCUGCAAGCGACACCGCAAACAAAGAACCGCUUAAAACCAUCGCCCACGAUCUCAACACUGCUAAGGACAAGUCGUAGCGAUACUUCCGCUACAGAAACUGGCAGCACGGGCAGUGGACAGCGAAUAAAGUUUGCCGAUUGCGAUGAAACCCCGUUGCUUAGCAAUAAAGUUCCAUCACUGCCAACAGCUGCGACAGUGGUCAGUUUGGACCGGAGUGGAAGCAGCUGCAGUAAUCAGAACAUUCCAGGCCUGAGUGGCGAUAAUCCUUAUGGCUAUCUAGUCAAGAAUUAUAAGCAGUUUCUAUCAAAGGCUACACCCGUCUCGAAUAACCAUGGACACGGUUCUGGUCAUGGGCAUGGUCACGGACACAGACAUGACCUAUCUAUAACAGAAGAUUUUCCACGUCCACCUGUAGUUUCACUUGGAACGGGAGGCAAUGCCGUGACGCAACCACUAUUGGCCAAAAUCAAUUCAUAGCUGUAAAAAUUAAGACUCAUUGCCCAAUCCAGGCAAACUUAAGAUUUCCGGUCCAAUAGACCUUCUUCUGGUACCUACUCGUAAUGUUGCAUAUUAAAUAUACUUGUUUGUGAUAAUAAUUUAAAUCCAAGUUGAACAACUUAGAAUAUAACUAAACAAAAUUCCUAUGUACAUCAAUAAGAGCACGUCCCAGUAAGAUGUAGUACAUAGAGUAGUCCAUAGUCUGGUACAUACUACAUAUAUUCCAUAUAUAGAUCAUAUAAAUACAUAUGUAUGUUUACAGGAGUAUGUACAAGACUGUCUCAGUUCGUAACUUCUACUUAGAAAAAUGUUGACUUGGAACUGAGAAAUAAUUUAAUUCGAAAACUGUAAAUUUAUCUUAGAUCUUAGAUCCGAAUUAACUUAUGUAUGUAUCAUUUAGACGCCUCAAUUAAGUAAUGUUAAUAUUUAAUAUAAAUAAUUGUCCAAGUAGUUUUGACUCCAAUAGAUUCGUUCCUGGCACUUAGAAUAUUCAUUCAACAACUCCGAAACUCAUUUUAUGUGUCUUUUAAUAUAGUUUAAUGUUAAGACAAAAAAAUAUUUGUCAUUUAAAGUAUUAAAAACUAAAAAAAAGACGGCUUAGCAAAUUUUAAAAAUAA